AUGUCCAACACAACAGACACCAUACCCACAAUAACUCCCAGUGAGACUGUCACUGACACUGAUACAACUGAAGUGCCCACCGAUCCCACCACGGAUCCCGACACUACCACGGAUCUUCCCACUGCAGCUGACCCGCCUCCAAGUACUACCACUGAACCAGAUACGACUUCAAUCACGAGCAUCCCACCUACCGCCACCACAACAGUACCGCCGUCAGAAACCACCUCAUCGGAACCGCCGCCUACCACAGAACAGCCAGUAACCACAACUAUAGUACAACCACCCACAGAUCCUACCCAGCAACCAUCUACUCAGGUUAUUGUCGAAACAUCCACUUUCACUCCUACCAGCGAUCCUACCACUGCUGAUACCACGUCAUCGGCAAGCUCGACCUCCUCAACUCCUUCAACCUUAAGCGCUGGCGAUAGAGAUGGCGGCGGAUCGUCUGGUCUCGGUGAGAGUGGCACCAUUGCUGUUGCAGUCGUGAUUCCCCUUGUCGCCAUUGCUGGCCUCCUACUCCUUGGAUUCUGGCUGUGGCGCAAGAGGAAGGCUCGCAAGCAGGCCGAGGAGAUGCGCAAGAGUGAGAUGGCCGAAUAUGGUUUCAACCCGAACAAUGAUCCAUCUCUUGCUCCCGCAGGCGCGUCAUACCAGGAAGAUCAGUCAGAAAUGACCGAAGAUAACUCGGGCUAUCGUGGCUGGGGCGCCACUACCUCCAAUCACAAAGCCUCCACCACCUAUGGCUCCCGUGCUCCAGGCCUGUCCGACAGCGGUUCUCAACCAGGUGGCAACUACUCACAACCUUCUCCCAACGCCUACUCGGACGCGUACUCUGCCGAUCCGCUCAUGCAAGGUCACCCUGAAGGUGGUGAUGGUGUUGGCACUUUGGGUGGCGCCGCUGUCGCUGGUGCUGCCGCUGGUGGUCUUGGCCGCAAUCGCAGCCAUGGUGGUGUGCGUCGUGGGCCUAGCAACGCUUCUUCUGCGUACUCGAACGUUGCGCCGUCCGAAGCAUCCAGUGAGGCGCCGAGCCUUCCCAGGCCCUAUUAUGAGCAGGAAAUGCCCUACAACGACUACGGACAGCAACCGCACGGGUCGUAUGGUAAUGAUCAGCCCAUUGUGAGGGAUGUACAAGCCAGGAGAAAUACGAGGAUUGAAAGGGCGCCGACAUUCCCGCAACAGCAAGGUGGGAUCUCGCAGAACUUUUAA